AUAAAAACAUGAAAUGAAUUCAUUGUCAACUCUUACUACUUAUUAAUAUCUUUAUCAGUAGUAUAAAUUUGAAGACAUAAUUUAUUAGACUCAUAUUGAAAAACUAAAAAACAAAACAAAAAUUAUGAAUAAACAUACAGAUAAUUAUCAUUAUGGUUAUGAACAAGAAAAAGACCAAUUAGAAACGAUUACAAAUCAAUUAAAUGUUUCAUCAAAUUAUGAAAGAUUACCUUCUCCUUUACCAGUUCAAUCAUCAUUAAAUGAUCAUUGCCAUGAACAUUCAACAGUUAGUUCAAAUAUAGAUAAAAAUGCUAGAAGAAAAUUAAUACUUGCUAGUGGUCUAUGCUUAUUUUUUAUGACAGGUGAAAUAAUCGGUGGUGCAUUAGCUCAUAGUUUGGCUAUUAUGACAGAUGCUGCACAUUUAUUAACGGAUUUUGCUAGUUUCUUAAUCAGUCUAUUAGCUUUAUAUUUAGCAUCAAGACCAUCCACAAAACGUAUGAGUUUUGGAUGGCAUCGUGCUGAGGUUGUCGGUGCAUUGGCAUCUGUUCUAUUAAUUUGGCUUGUUACUGGUAUAUUAGUCUAUUUGGCUGUGAUACGUAUUAUACAUAAUAAUUAUGAAAUCAAUGGUAAAAUUAUGCUUAUUACAUCAGCUACUGGUGUUGGAGUCAAUAUCAUUAUGUUAUUCACAUUACAUAAUCAUGAUCAUAAUCAUAAUUCAUUAAAUGAACAUUCUCAUCAAGAGUUAAAUUCAUUUCCUAUAACUCAUGUUAAUCAUUUAACUAUCAAUAAUCAUUCACAUGAAAUUAAUCAUGAUAUUCAUAAAGAAUUUAAUCGUCCAAAUAUUACUGUACGUGCUGCAUUUAUUCAUGUGAUUGGAGAUUUAUUACAAAGUAUUGGUGUAAUGAUUGCAGCAAUGGUUAUAUAUUUUCAAAAAAUGAUUCAAAUGCACAAGAAAUAUUAAAACAAGCAAAUCAUCUAUUAAAACAACGUUAUUUAGCACAUGAUGUUACAAUACAAUUAGAAUUAUAUGUUAAAGAAAUGGCUGAUUGUUAUCAAUGUAAAGAACCAUCAAAAUAAGUAGUAUAUAAAAAAAAGUAACUAUAUUCACAGUGAUAAUAUUGUACUUCAUCUAUACACUUAUAUUUGAACGAAUUAAAUAUUAUAUAUUCUUUAUUCAAAUGAAUAAUAUCUGAUAUUAUCUUCAUUGUAUUCAAUAGUUUAUUAGAUAACUAAUCUCUAUGAUGAAACUGAAUAUAUAUUUAUCUUUAUAUUCUAUAUUUUUGUUUAGUAAUUUGAUCUACUUAUAAGUAGUAUAAUCAUAUUAACUCAAAAAUUGCCAUUUGAAGUACUUGAUAGAGUAGAUCUUACAAUUAGUAGACUUUGUCUAUAAACUUUAUGAUAAACUUAUAUGAGUUAUAAAGACUGUUAUACAUAGAACUUCCUAAAGUUCUUAUUAUUAUGAUUAUUAUUACUAAUUGAAGUAAUCCAUUCAUGUGAUUCAAUGAAACAAGUAAACACAUUUAACUUUUCUAUUUGUAUCCAUAUUCAUUGAAGAUUAUUGAAUCAUUUUCAUGAUUGAAUUAUAUCCAUCAAUCUAUUGAAUGAUUAUGUAAUAACUUUAAUUUUAUUUUAACAAAUCAUGACAGACUACUUAUUUAUUUAGCUUGUUAUAUUACUUAUUUCAUUAAGGUGUAUAUCUCUAUAUAGACAGAUAGAUAGAUAGAGAUAUAAUGACUGAAGUAUAUUGUGCAUUUAUGAUGAUUAUGUUCCCUUUCACAAUGAUGAUGUAACUGUUUCCAAUCAUUUGAAUGAAAGAUUCAUAUUGUUUUAAUCAAGUUAUUUAAGGUUAGAUUUGAUGAAUGAUUUCAUAUAAACACAUUUCAUUAUAGA